AACAAAUAAUUUGAGGCUAUGACGUCGACUGGGGAGGGACCAUCAGCAACUGGUUCCAGUAGCAUUAGUGCAAACACCAGUCAGAUAUCCCUUGCUGACCAGUUUGCAAGAAGCACUGAAGAAGAAAUACAAUUUGCUCUCGACGAAAUCAGGAAUGAGAAUGAUAAGCUGGAGAAAGAGACUGGGAUUUUAACGAAAUAUCUUAAAAGAGUCGAUCCAAAGGACAUCCAAACCCAGAUCAAAGGUCUAGAAGCGUCACCGGUGCAGCAAGAUGUUGUGCGAGUUCACAAGAGAAGAUCACGCUCUCGCACCGGAUCCACAGAACGACUUUUAAAACUUACUACUGAGCAGAAAUGUGAUAUUGCCCAGCGUGAACACGACGAACUGAGAGAGGAGAUCAACAAGUUCAAACACGAAACUGAGAAAAUUCUUGACACUUACCGGGCUACUAGAGAAGAAGCAGAGAUUAGACUGGCUGAAAUGAAGAAAUCUUCCUACGAGUUCAACAGAGAUAUUGUUCUUGGAGCUAAAAAUUUAAGAACUGGGAGGGUAGUUGCUGAGCGAGUAACACGUUAUUUUGAAGACAAGAUGAGAAGCCGUAAAGCUCUUAUUGAGAAGCUACGUUUGAAAAACUCAACACUGAAAGUUCAGAAGAAGAAACUUCAGUUGCAGUUGAAACAGAAAGAAGAAAUGGGAGAGGUAUUGCACGAGGUAGAUUUCAAGCAGUUAAGGAUCGAGAAUAACCAGUACUUGGAGAAGAUUGAUGAGAGGAACCAGGAGUUGCUGAAACUCAAACAUUCUUCUGGAAACACGCUUCAAGUUUUGAACACAUACAAGAAGAAGCUGAAUAACUUGACCAUGGAAUCGAACAGAUUAAAAUUGGAAAUCUCUCAAAGGAACGAACUGCUAACUAAAAUCGACAAAGAAACCGAAUUGGUUGAAAAGGAGCGAGAAAAGGCCGAGAGCAUUAACGCUAAUUUGAGAAGACAGCUUCAAGACUACAUUGUCCCAGAGGUUCUUGACUACGUUCAAGUACGGGCCGAUCUGUACGAGCUCACUAAGACUAUGAAGACGUGGGAGAGGAAGGUGGACAUUGCGCAGAUGGAGCUACAAAAGUAUCAGAAGCAAUGGCUCAUGAUGAGGGAGCACAAUCGAACUGUCAAUCCGUGGGCCACAAUGGAGCAGCACGCAGCGCUCUAAGGAUCUGCGAGGAAUGGAGAACACACGAACUGCAGGAAUUUACCGUCCCGAAAGUUAUGGCGGUGCCAGGCGGGCAGUGCCCUGGUUAUGUUAUAAUUACCUAUCCUUUAUAGUGACCAACUUAUCCCGAAAUAUCCGUAGAUCAUUAUCGAGACUUCUGGCGAUUUUCUAUUGUGAUUAAAUUAAAAUAGUGACUAGACCGUAAAUGGAUAUCAGAGAACAAACUUUCAGUUGUACCAUUGUUUAUGGUAGCACAGAACUAAUCCUUGUCUGCGAUAACAAUUGUCAUUUGUAAUAAAACUGGCUGGUUUCAAAUUCCAAAUCCCCAACUAAAUAGUCAAAUUUUAAGAUGAUAGCACAAUUUUCGGUCAUUAAAUCUGUACUGUUAGUAUAUAUCACAUUGUAUGUGAACAGCUGGUCGCUGUUUUAUUGAUACAUAGAGCUAACUUUUGUAGCAUGGAUGUGCGGAUUAUCACAGCUGUAAAUAUUUGUAAGAAAUACAAACGUUUUUAACGAUUUUACCCAA